UGAUCAUGAAAACAAGGUAGAAUGUGUUCCAAAUUAACACCAGAGUGUGUUACUCCACAGAAUUUGACCAUCAUGACCAUACAGGAACAUAUCUCCUAGCAGAAUCUCAAAUAAGAGAUGGGAGAUUCAGAAUUAACUACUCACACCAGUAUAAAACCUGAUGGUGGAGGAUCUGGCUCAGAUGGAGUAUUAAUGAAACCGAGAGAUAACACAGAAUUUGAGCAGUCAUUACAGAUUGUUCUUGGCACUGUAUGUGGUGUGUUUGGUCUCCUUGGUUUGAUACUAGUGCUAUCCUUCUUGUACAAGUUUUAUAAAAGAAGACGGUCCCCUCAACAUACUAGAGGACAAAGAGAUUCUGAUUUCAACAGUUCAAUAUCUAUUGAUUUAGAACAAAAGACAGUACCUACUGUGUUAGUACUAUACUCCAGUGAUUGUUCGGCUCAUGAGAAAGUGGUCUCAUCGUUUGCUGGGUUUCUCAUAGAAGCCUGCCAUUGUAAUGUUCAUUUAGACAUUUUUGAAGAUCAGCUAAUAUAUGAGAGGGGUCUUGAUGAAUGGUUGGUUGAAAAACUUCAAGAAGCAGAUUUUAUUAUUGUUAUGUGUUCUGUUGGUGCUAGAUUACGUUGUACAAAAAAGCGAGCCAGAUUUAAAUGUGACCCAAAUAGAACAAUUCCAGAUUAUUUUGCAAUAGCAGUUGAUUAUGUAGCAGAGAAAAUGAGAGUGGAAAGGUCAAAAGGAUUGCCAAUGUCAAGGUUUAUAGUAGCUUACAUGGAAUAUUCUUCUGCCAGCGAUAUCCCCCAUCAAUUGGAUACUGGCGUUAAAUUUAAUUUGAUGAAAGAUAUGAAUGCACUCUUUAAUCAUCUUCAUGGUUUUCCAUCUGACGUGAAUAAAUUUGGUCCAGUUUGGCGAGAUACAAUUGAACAAAAUUGUGAUUUUUCAGAAUUAACCACAGAACUAAAUUUGUCAUUAGAAUCAGCCAAAGAAUAUUUUAAAGCAAACCCUAAUUGGAUAGAGGAUAGCAUGGAAUAUAUUCCUGCUCCAUCAAAAUCAAAAUCUAGACAUGUCAGAAAAAGUUCAUUAGAACCGUUACUGAAAGAAAGUCAAAUGAACCUACCAUUUGAAACCUCUGGAAAAAUUGACACAUUGGUUGAUAUUCACAAUCAAACACUACCUCGAACACUGAAACAGGAGGAUCUUAAUAUGGUCCCACUGUAUCAGCGCCAAAAUUCCUUGCCCUCCUCACUCAGCAGUCAUCAGACAAACUCCUCUCCAACACCGCCAACAAACACAUCAAAAAGUUUUGAAAAUUUCCAGACUAAUACAAGAUACCAAGAUAUCGACUUUCAACCAUGUAUGUUUUGUGGUUUGGAGGAACACGAAGACAGGAGAGCACCGUGUAAGGGGAGAAAACUUGUCCAUAGUCAGAUUGAAGAUACUGAGCAAGAGGAUAUAGAUUUAUCUUCAGGAAAGUUAAAAAGUAAAUCAAUGCCAACAAUAUGUCCAAACUUAUAUUCAAGCUCACACACAGUUUUACAUGCAGACGUGCACAAAGAGUGGGGAUUUCAUGAUUGUCAUCUCUCUGUUAGCUCAGAGUCCACCUCUGAUAAAGAAUUUGCUUUAGAUGAUUUAGAAAAAGAUCUUCAGUCCAUUCGAAUGUUAGCAAGCUAUGAUGCUUUAAAACAUUUUUCUAAAGAACAAAAGUCUUUGCCUAAGACCUUGUCUGUAAAGGUAGAUCUUUAUGGGUCUAACCCUAGAAGUGAACUUAUUGACAUAUCUCCCCAAACCGCAGUGGUAUCUCUUCAGAACAACUCUUACAUUGGAAACAUGAGUUUCCACAACUCAUUAAAUGCCAAUCAAGACGAUCAGGUCAUUCAGCUUCAAGAUAUUAGAUUAUAAAAUUGUUCAAUUUUUUUUAUUGUGUGUGUCCUCAUAUUUUGUAGAAAGUAUUUUUUACAACUGAUUUGUUUAGAUUAUAUACUACUUAAUUGUAAGAGCAUAUAUAUAUAUAUAUAUUUGUAUAUAAACAAAAUGGCUGUGAAAUACAUGUACUACAUCUGUAUCAUAAAUGAAGAAUGAUUUGAUCUGUCUCCUUUAUAUAACAUAAUUUACCGGUAUAUGUAGAUGACAAAAAUUAGAAAAUAGUCAUUAUGUAACUUUCAUUCUGGAAUUGAGUGAUUCAUACUUUGCUUAACAAGAAUUAACUUUUAAAAGGGGGGUUAUCUGCAAGGAAGAAUUCAAAAUAAAAUUUCACCAUUUCAAGAUGAAGGAACAAUUAAAAAUUUCUUGCACAUUUAUCUUUUGACUGGUUUAAUGAAACAUGGUGAAUAACGAACCCUUUUCAUGGUUGCAUUUGAAAUAAAAAUGGCAAAACAUGUUGAACAAAAAUAACCCUUUACCACCCUCUAAUAAAGUUCCACCAUUAGCAAUGAUAAGUAAUUAAUUAGAGAUACGUGUAUUACAUGAUCUCAGAUUAAGGGGAUGGGGUGGGGGAGGAUUGUGGGUUUUAUCAAUCAUAGAUUGUUGACAGUUGUGUAGAUUUAUAGGCAUAAUAAAAAAAUAUUUGAUUGCCUCCCCUGGUUUUUUUUAAAAAAAGGUUCGAAACAAGGUUUAAACAUGUUGAAUUAAUGUGAAUUUAAAAAUGGUUUCUUUUUUGAAUGAGAUCAACUUUUUUCAACAUGUAUCAAAUUAUUUAGUACUUAUUUUGCUUUACUUAAUUGUCAAUCUUUCUUGUACACACUUGCACACACACAUGCAUGCACAUAAGAUCUAACAAAUGUUAUUAUAUAACAUUUAAUAUGUAGAUGAAUGCUGGUCAUUCAUAGUAGAUACCAAAUACAAUUCCUGAUAUAACCAGAAUUUUAUUGCCUUUCUUUAAUUGUUUAAGGCUGCUCUUGGAAAAAAAUUCAACAAGUUUAAUAAUGUAUAUUGAUAAGAGGGUAGGAAUGGGUUAACCCACAUGACCAAUGAUGGUCAAGAUUAACAUUUUUUCUCCCAUUUGACAUUGACAGUAUUUACACAGUGAGAUAAAACAAAUGACAAUAAGAAAAUUCCAAUUUUAUUGUACAUGUAUAACAGUUUUUUUUAGUUUUGUUUGCAAUUUUAUUUUUUAAAUUAUUUCAAACUAUAAAACUUUGUAAUGUCAAAUAAAUGAAUCCACAAAAACAAAUAAAAAAAAGCUGAUAAAAUUUAACAUAUUUCUUAUUGAUCAUAUAUAUCAAGUAAUAACUUCUUAUUUAAUCAUGAAUUAUUAUUUAGUUAUUAUAUUUUCAUAGAGAAAAAAAACAACACAUUUUAUAUUCUAAAUAUCUUAAAGUGUGAUAAGCUGAUUUAAUAUGAAAUAUGUUUAUUCAUGUAGAUAUACAAAAUUGUUAAGACUGUUCUACCUGAAUUUGACCUUGAUACUUUUCACUUGAAAAGGCUGUCUUGGAUGACUUUUUUGUGUGCAUAAUACUGGCAUUUUCUUCUAAAAACAACCUCCACAAGAAGUCAAAAAGUAGAAAAUAUUUAUGCUUAUUCAAGACAUGUUUGUGUUUUAACCUUUUUUUCUCUUCCAGAGUAGCCCUUAAAACUUAUAUUGUGUAAUUGUAUUAUAUAUAUAUACAUAUAUAUAUGUAUAUGUGAUAUUAGUGUUACUAUAGUAGCAUAAUGAUAAUUUAUAUUUGUAUGAUAUCUAAUUUGUGUAUAUUUAAAUUAUGAAAGAUUGUGUUAAAGUUGAGGGAGAGAAAGAUAAAACAAUGUGUUAGUGUACCUGUACUUAAAGUUGAUAGAGAGUGAGAUUAAACAACGUAUUAGUGUACCUGUACUUAAAGUUGAUAGAGAGUGAGAUUAAACAACGUAUUAGUGUACCUGUACUUAAAGUUCAUAGAGAGUGAGAUAAAAACUAUGUUUUUUUACUGAAAAAUCAAGAAUAUAUUGUUUUCUCCCAUUUUGUAAAAAGAUAGUUGCCAACUUUGCCAUAACCUAUAUAUACAACCAUUUAAUAUGGGUACAUGCAUGUAUCUAAUUUAAUACAGAGAUAUAUAAAACUAUGUUUUUUUACUGAAAAAUCAAGAAUGCACCUCCUUGUAUGUUUGCUCCCAUUUUGUUAAAGAUAGUUGCCAAUUAACCUAUAUAUACAACCAUGCACAUAGUUAAGUAUUUUAAGUCUUCUUUGAUAUCCAAUUCAGGACUUUAUUAUGAUAUCAAUUCAAUCAAAGAAAUAGAUAUAAGUUUUAGAAGCUUCUGACACUUCACAAAAUAACAAGAUAUACGUUGGUGUCAGACCUACAAUUCACCUACUCUAAUUUAGAAGGUAUGUAAAAGUAGUCCUUCCUUGACAAAAAAUGUUGCCUUUGAUUUUAUUGUUUUCUUAAACUAACCAACAAAAAUUUGCAGAACUGAAACUGUUGCCAUGUUGGUGAAAGAUAAAUAUAUUUAGACCAUUUAAGCCCAAAAUUAUUAUUGUUAAUGUAUUUACAUUAAAAAUUGUGUUAGUAUACUUAUUUAAGAUUUUCUGAAAACCAGGGGUUAAUUUUAGUAUUAAUUACAUUUGGAACAUUGGUAUUUUACAACAAGUUUUAACAAAUUUUAAUAAUUGUCAUUUAGAAAGGUGAUAAAUAUACAAUUCAGGACAUACCUGGUUUCUAUGAAAUUAAACUUAAGGUAAAAUAUUUAGAAAGCUGUUGACAAAUUUGGUUGAAAAGAAAAGGAUGUGGUGGUCUGACACUUUUCUCAUCACUUGAUAACUUUUUCUAACAUAUUUCUUUUUUAAGUUGUCAUUAUCUUUUUGACUUAUUUUCAUUUCUACCUCUAGUUAUAGAAACCAAAUUGUCUGAAAAUAACUAAUAAUUAAGUCAAUAUAAUGACAUGUGCCCCAAGUUGUCCAUAAUAAUUUUUAUGCCAAUUACUGUGGAUUCAUUUAGCAAUGAGUAUCAAUUUUCUUGUAUUGCUGAAAUCAUGCAAUUUCGUGGAUAUUUGAUUUCAUGGUUUUGCCAAUCUCUGUAUACAAACUGAGAGCCUAUUGAAAAUAUGUAAUUAGUUGAGUUUUUGAAUUCCUGAUUUAUCUGUACCAACGAAACUCACGAAAAUUUGUAUCCAACAAAUAAAAAUGAAUCCACAGUAUGUGGGUAAUGUGUGAAAUCUAUAACUUAUUCCAAUAAGUUGGCAUAUAUUGCAUUCAUCUUGUCAGUCUGUUUGUCCAAAUAUAUUUCUGUCAAUUUUUUUUUCUCAGGUACAACUGGACAGAAAGAUUUCAUAUUUGGUCAACUAUUGAUGAGUUAUAAAAUUUGGGUAUUUUUCAGUUUUAUCUAACCUAAUUCCAAUAUCACACUCUAGUAUUGCUAAAAAGACCUCUUAUCUAACUUGACAGUGAUGGGUUUUACCAUGAGAUCUUUCCAGACUGCUAGACACUGACUUCCUGUUUCUGAAUACUGUUAAUUCAGAAAUUAUUGCGAAAUUUGCGAUAGAGUUGUACACACAAUAAUUUAAACUUUAAACUCACAUUUUUAAAAUAUUUUAUAUGAAUUGAGCAGGAUUUUCCCCAUCGAAAAAUAAAAUCGCAUUUAAGUUUAAAAUGACAAAAUCACAAUAAUUAAUGCACGCAAAAAUGAACAAUAUUUGGAAUUAAUCAAUGUGAGAUGAAAAAGAAUUACUGCCUAUGUUCCUGACUUCAGAUAACCUUAUAAAAAUGUCUACAUUCCAUAUUUUCUGAAUGAAAAAAAGAUGCUAUAACAAUUUUGAUUUUUUUUCUGAUUGAAUUGAAUUUAUGUCCUAUGUCAAUUAUUUUACUAAAGGCUGUUAAAAGUGCUUAACAAUAGCAUAAUUAUACUGCAAUGAAAUAUUUAUUUAUAAGAAUUGUGAAUUUAUCAUUAAACAUAUCAUGUUUA